CCUCCGACACGCCCGGCCUGAGCUGGGCCCUGUGAUGACGCCGACCCCUGCCAACGCCAUCGUCCUUCUCCUGCUUCCCCUCUUCUUCUCCUCCUCCUUCUCCUCUAGCUCCUCUCCUGCCCCCUUCGCCUCCCCUCCCACCCCGCGGCCUUUCCAGGCUGAAGCUACGCCCGCAGCGGUUACCGAAACGCCGCCAUGUCCUUCGGAUUCCUGCGGGCUCGCCCCGCCGACGUCCACCCCGUCGACGUCCACCCCGCCGACGCCCACCCCGUCGACACCCACCCCGCCGACGCCCACCCCGUCGACGCCCACCACGGCUACGUCUACCCCGUCGACGCCCGCGUCACCGACGUCUACCCCGUUGACAUCCACCGCAACUUCCAAUUCGUCGACGACCAACCCAAUCGUCCCAUUGCCGCGCACUCUAUCGACAGAGACACCGUCGACCACCGGACAAUCAAAACCAACGCCGUCAUCGCGCUCUGGCGUCACGGACACCCCAGCGCCAACAUGGAGGGAGAUACUGUCCCCGCCCACCACGACCUCGGUGACGUCGCCGGCGACACCAAGGACUACGCCAAGGACGCCGGCGGCGAGGAUGAUGCUGGGCGUGCCACCGCCCCCGGACGAUGAGGACGACGGCGAGGGCACGGACGCGCCCGAGUGGGAGGGCUUCACGGACGACGACGUCCUGGUCGACGACGACAACGCGACCAGGGAGGCGCUGUCCGCGGCCGUGCUGCAGGGCGAGCAGCACGUCAAGCCCAAGCCGGAGAAGCGGUCCGAGGCGCGCGCCAAAGAGGUAAGCGAGACGGUCGGUUUCGAUACUAAACACACCUCAUUUGCCCCUGAGGUACAUAAAUACGAUUUCAUGGGACGCCCAGUUCGCUACUUGUAUUCUACUCCCCCCGUUUUUAUUCUUGUUUAUAAAAAAGUUAUUACCUCGGAGGAGCCCCUUUGA